GGAGCUGCUGGGGUUUAUUAUUUCAUUUUAUUCCUGGGCGUUUGAGGAACAAGGCUCGGCUGCGGAGCGACGAUGGCGUGGACCAAAUACCAGCUGUUCCUGGCCGGGCUGAUGCUGGUCACCGGCUCCAUCAACACCCUCUCGGCCAAGUGGGCGGACAAGCUGAGCGCGCGGGGAUGCAACGCCACGAGUGAGGAGCACACCUUCCAGCAUCCCUUCCUCCAGGCCGUGGGCAUGUUCCUGGGGGAGUUCUCCUGCCUGGCUGUCUUCUACCUCCUGCUCUGCACUGACCGGAGGAGGCCAGAGCCCACCAUGGACCCCCCUCAGUCCUACAACCCGCUCCUCUUCCUGGCUCCCGCCCUGUGCGACAUGACAGGGACUAGCCUCAUGUAUGUGGCUCUGAACAUGACCAGCGCGUCCAGCUUCCAGAUGCUGCGAGGGGCCGUGAUCAUCUUCACCGGCCUGCUCUCGGUAGCCUUCCUUGGGCAGAAGCUGGUGCUCAGCCAGUGGCUGGGCAUCCUGGUGACCAUCGUGGGGCUGGUGGUGGUCGGCUUGGCAGACCUGAUGAGCAACGGGGACCACGAGCACAAGCUCAGCGAGGUCAUCACAGGGGACCUUCUGAUCAUCAUGGCUCAAGUGAUUGUGGCCAUCCAAAUGGUGCUGGAACAGAAAUUUGUCUACAAGCACAACGUCCACCCCUUGCAGGCUGUGGGCACGGAAGGGCUUUUUGGCUUCCUCAUCCUCUCCCUCCUGCUGGUCCCCAUGUACUUCAUCCCAGCGGGCAGUUUCGGGAGCGGGCCGCGGCGCGUCCUGGAGGACGCCCUGGACGCCUUCUGCCAGAUCGGCCGGGCUCCGCUCAUCGCCGUGGCGCUGCUGGGCAACAUCAGCAGCAUCGCCUUCUUCAACUUUGCCGGCAUCAGCGUCACCAAGGAGAUCAGCGCCACCACCAGGAUGGUGCUGGACAGCCUGCGCACCGUGGUCAUCUGGGGCGUCAGCCUGGCUGUGGGCUGGGAGGUCUUCCACGGCCUCCAGAUCCUCGGGUUCCUCAUCCUCCUGCUGGGCGCCGCCAUCUACAACGGCCUCCACCAGCCCCUGCUGGCACGGCUGCCCUGGCGGAGGGCGGCGGCGGCGGAUGCAGAUGCGGAUAGAGAGGGCCUGUUGGCCGCGGACGGAGCCUCCGUCAACGGGGACAGUUGAUAGCAGGGCCCUUGCCUGCUCCAGAGCUUGGCCAGAGCUCUGCUGGGUGGGCCGGCCAGCUUCUCAGGCUGGAGCACGAGACUGGUUUGGGGGGGGGGUCUGCGUUGCGCACUUUUGCUGCGAAAUGUCGGGACGUUGCUCUGCCAUCUGGUUCCUUUGCUCGCUGCAGGAAGAGCAACCGCCAACGAGACGCCCUCUGUUUUUGCUCGACCGCAUCUCUCAUCAUCCCUG